UGGCGGCGUUUUAGAAAAGCUGUAUUUGAAAAGCAACCGAUUGGGGUGAAGGUGGGGGGAGCGGAAUCCUGAUUAUACUGUCCCAAUUUCUGUUGAGGUGGGCUUUUAAAAGAAAUCCCAACUCACACAUUCGAUCAGAGCGCAAGCCUUGCCCCUGGAAUUCUGGAGCAGCCGCAAAGAUAGAACUCAAAACGACCCGAGCCCCGGAGCCGCAGCCCCUCGGGACGGUUACGAGCAGAGCUUCCAAGGGGAACGCUGGGCACUGGGCGGGGGCUCUGCUUCUCACCUGUUCCUUCUCUAUCCACUGAGCCCUGACACGUAGGACCAGCGCUACUAACAGACUUGUUUUCCGGUUCAGCUCCCCUUAGGGCUCCUGUGGGAAACCGACCCUAUCUGGGGAGCCUGUCUGGGCCACUCCCAUUGCCGGAGAACUCUCCUGGGGCGGAGAAAUGGCCCAGGUGUAUGAAAAAUAAUUUCAAGUUUAACAAAUACAAGGAAACCGCAGGGUCCAUGUCAAAGCUGAUGAGCUAUUUCUGAAACUCGUGCAGAAUUGCGGUUUGUGUGGUCUAUGUCACGGCACCCUUGAUGGAGAGUGGGCAAUUGCCUGAACUUGGAGGCUGUGUCCUGUCCUCCAGGCUGCUCCAGGGCUGCCUCCUUCCGGCUGGGCCUUCUUAUCUGGGACUGUUGAGGGCGACAGGCCUUCCGAAGACCAGUGAAGAAGGAGGCCCUGCAGACAGGAGGCUGACAGGGUAGGAACGAGGCCAUGAUCGCUUUGCAGAAGGACAACCAGGAGGAGGGUGUCUGCCCCAUCUGCCAGGAGAGCCUGAAGGAGGCCGUGAGCACCAACUGCGGACAUCUCUUCUGUCGAGUGUGCCUGACACAGCACGUGGAGAAGGCCUCAGUCUCCGGGGUCUUCUGCUGCCCUCUCUGCCGGAAGCCCUGUUCCGAGGAGGUGCUAGGGACAGGCUAUAUCUGCCCCAACCACCAGAAGAGGGUGUGCAGGUUCUGUGAGGAGAGCAGACUUCUUCUAUGUGUGGAAUGCCUGGCGUCCCCUGAACACAUGUCUCAUCAUGAACUGACCAUUGAAAAUGCCCUCAGCCACUAUAAGGAACGACUCAAUCGCCGGAGCAGGAAGCUCAGAAAAGACAUUGCUGAACUUCAGCGGCUCAAGGCUCAGCAGGAGAAGAAACUGCAGGCUCUGCAGUUUCAGGUAGACCAUAGGAACCACAGGCUGGAGGCUGGGCUGGAGAGCCAGCACCAAACCAGGGAACAACUGGAUGCCCUCCCUCAGCAGUGGCUGGGCCAGCUGGAGCACGUGCCAGCAGAAGUGGCCAGAAUCCUUGACAUCUCCAGGGCAGUAACACAGCUCAGCAGCCUGGUCAUUGAUCUGGAGAGGACGGCCAAGGAAUUAGACACCAACACACUGAAGAAUGCUGGUGACUUACUGAGCAGGAGUGCUCCACAGAAAUUAGAGGUUAUUUAUCCCCAGUUGGAGAAAGGAGUCAGUGAAUUGCUUCUUCAGCCACCCUCAGAAGCUCUGACCUGUUCAUCCCUGGGACACCUCACUUCAGGCUCACCUCAGCCUCCUCUCUCUCCUUCCUCCAACCUGUCCAGGCCCCCAUUAGAUCUACCCAGUGCAUCUUCGGGCCUGCCAGCGCCUGAACGUGUCACCAUUUCUUCAUGUCUACAGUCAUCGUCCGAUGCCUGACCCUCUGACUCUUGGACAAUAGCCAGCCUCCUUCCAGGACAGGCUCAUGCUUGGGGCUGCCACUGUGGAGGUUGGGGCCCAUGGUCUCCAGGAGCAUUUGUGAAAUCUCCAUUUUGCCUGUGAACUGAUGGUAGUGCCCAUCUCUCACAAUCUCAUUAAAAUAGUAUCCUCCAAGCCUCUGAAUGGCCUGAGCUUAUCAGCAGUGACGCCACCUCACAUGUGGAGCCCAGCUGAGCUCCUGCAGUACUUGUUGUCUGUACCACUCACCUGACACUUAUUUAUUAUUGUUGUGGAAGACAGACUCAAAGCCUCCCUUCCUGAUCCUCACCUCUUGGAAUUCAUGCCCUUGUUUGGUCCCCUCCCCUUGAGUGUAAGUGGGAUCUAUGACUUGCUUCUAAUCAACAGAACAAGGCAAAGGUGAUAGGGUGUGAAUCUGGCAACUGUGUUGCAUUGUAUAGAACUCCUCCUUGCUGGCAGACCCAUUUAGAGCCCCUCCUAGGAGCCAAGAGCAGCCUCCAGCCAACAACAAGCAGAGGCCCUCAGUCUUGUGGCUGCAAGGACCUGAAUUCUGCCAACAACCUGAGUGAGCUUGGAAGCAGAUUCUUCCCCAGCUGAGCCGGAUGAGAACCUAGUCCAGCCAACACCUUGAUUAUAGUCUUGUGAGUACCUAAGCUGAGGACCCAGUGAAGCUGUGCCAAAAUUUCUCACCCACAGAAAUAGUGCAACAAUACAUGUGUGUGUGUGUUUUUGUUUUUUGUUUUUGUUUUUGAGAUGGAGUCUCACUCUGUCGCCCAGGCUGAAGUGCGGUGGUGCAAUGUUGGCUCACUGCAACCUCUGUCUCCUAGGUUCAAGCAAUUCUCCUGCCUCAGCCUCCCUAGUAGCUGGGAUUAUAGGCACCUGCCACCACACCAGCUAAUUUUUUGUGUUUUUAGUAGAGACUGGGUUUCACCAUGUUGGCCAGGCUGGCCUUGAACUUCUGACCUCAGGUGAUCCACCCACCUUGGCCUCCCAAAAUGCUGGGAUUACAGGCGUGAGCCACCGAGCCUGGCCAUCUGUUGUUUUAAGGCAGUAAAUUUGUGGUAAUUUUUAUAGAGUAAUGGACAAUGAAUACAAUUGUAUAUUAGU